CACUUCCCUCCCCCUCGGUGGUUGCAACAUCACAUCCACAGCUCUGCGUCCUCGACCGCAGUCGCCUUUUUUUUAAUGCGCCAAUGCGAGCGGAGAAAAUAGCGCUGGAAGAGCCGCUCGCCUUGCCGAUCUGGACUUAAACGUCUUUGGAGAUACUUGAAGCGCCGAGCCGCCCUACUGGACUAUAAGCGAAGCCUGCGCGCAGACGUCGAGCGUAACGAAGAGAUGAGAAUUGCGUCCUGAAACCCACUUACUGCUAAAUGCUGCUUUAGAGUGAAGACGUGCGAGGCACCAGCCAACACAUGGAGUCCAGGGUUCCCCACCACAUUCCCGGAGUGUCUUCUUCCCUCAUUUCUCAGCCUCUGCUGGACAGUCGAGUGCCCUACGGUCGUCUUCAGCAUCCUCUCACCAUUUACCCCAUUGACCAGAUAAAGUCGUCGCAUGUGGAGAACGACUACAUCGACAGCCCGGCAGUUGUGGCCCAGCAGCCUCUGAGCCAGAAGUCUGCGAACCGAAGAAUCACCUGGGUUGGUCAGAAUCACGAGGCCUUCCUUGGGGCCAAUCAUAAUCACCAUCACAAUCAUCAACAUCUGCUCCAUCAGCAGGGAAGGUGCGAGCCUCACCCUCACCCUCACCCGGACAACACCACCCACCCCUGGAUUUCCUUCAGCGGCAGGCCCAGUUCUAUUAGCAGCAGCAGCAGUACCUCUUCCGAUCAGCGGCUGCUGGACCACGCGGCGCCGAUCCCGACAGUGGAACACCACCCGAACUCAAACCAUCACCGGGGUCUCGUCAACACAAUCGCAACCCGAACUCCUGCCUAUUUCUCUUCCUCCGAGUCCAAAGGCCUGACCUCCUCUUCCUCUGCUUCCUCCUGCUCCUCUUCCGCGAAAUCGCUCGACCUCAAGUCCGCAAAGGUCCCUGCCGGAGACGUGUGCUCCACCGGGGUCCGGCAAGGACUGGCACUUAUCCCUUCCUCUCCAACCGAAAAGAAGCACCUGUUUGUCUGCGAGCACUGCGGGAAGUGCCGAUGCACCGAGUGCACGCUCCCUCGAACAUUACCCUCCUGUUGGGUCUGCAACCAGGAGUGCCUGUGCUCCGCCCAGAGCCUGGUAGACGCAGCCACCUGCAUGUGCCUAGUCAAAGGGAUCUUCUACCACUGCACCGAGGACGAGGACGACGAGGGCUCCUGCGCCGACAAGCCCUGCUCAUGUUCACAAGCCAACUGCUGCGCCCGCUGGUCCUUUAUGGCCGCCCUCUCCGUCGUCUUGCCAUGCCUAAUCUGCUACCUGCCAGCUACGGGACUGGCCAAGCUGGGACAGAAGUGUUAUGACAAUGUUAGCAGGCCUGGCUGCCGCUGCAAGAACUCGCAGGCGGGCGUGAGCGUCCCCGUUAGUAAAAACGGAGGGGUGGACGCAAAAGCCGGGACAGAUAAGCAGCAGCAGCAGCGGUCAUGAUAGUGGACUAAAUGAUCUGGCUGUGGCCUUGCGAGGAAAUGGACAAGGACCCCACUUGUUCGGUUACUACGGACUGGACAAUCCAACAGCACCCCAUUAAACCACCAUAUUUAUCUGCUGGAACAUGAUUAGUAAAACGACGGUACUUAAAAGGUUUCUUGAUCUAUGUUUGACAGUUUGGAUGAUUAAAAUGGGCCAUUUGAGAAUUGGUUAGUAGGGAUAGCCAACGGGUUCUGCAAGAGAUUUUAGUUUUUCUGUUCUGUGAAGGGUGAUGAGAACAAGAGACUGGAUCGCGUGGCCUCAUGUUUGGUUUUGUACCUCUCUGCUGCUCGAUAUUUUUCAGCUUAUUUUUCUAAUGCGAAGUUAAAAGAAACUGGUUGCUGAUUCCUCUGAUUGCGAAAAGGUUUUCAAUCCCAGCCAAUCCAGAAAAAAGCACAGCCCAGUGUCGCACCGGAAAGCAAGUGGUUAACUGGAGAAUGCUGUGGCUUUUAUGAUGGGCCGUUAAAAGAGACCGCUUUCUCUCAAUACAGUGAUAUUCACCAUCUUUAAAUUUUUUUAGUUACGCUAAAAGAUGCUAGCUUGGUAAUAUCUUGUCUCUGGAUUCUUAUUUUAACAGGGGGCUCUCUGAAAAAAAUCCUUAUUCAAGUUAAUAUAACAGUAAUUUUCCAUUUUCUUCACCUAAUUAUGUGCUGCAAGUGAGAAAUAAUCAAUUCACAGUUGUUCUUUUUUUUUUUCUUGGCUAGUAAAGCUUAGACCUUCUGAAAUAUUUUGAAUGCUGUUCACUGCUCCACCUCAGAUGUAAUGCAUGUCACGAUCUGCAUGCUCUAGUCUAAUGGUUAGCCACCGUGCUAGAAGUGGAUUUGUGGUAGAUGAAACGUGUAAAAAAAAAAAAGAAGAAAAAAAAAAGAAAAAGAUUUGAAAGGAAAAAAAUGAACAACCAACCUUCUCAGGGAUUGUUACACAGUAAUCUCCUCUAGAACUUGGCCUACUGCAUGUUGAAUUUUAAAACUGCCUAUAAGAGCCUUGUCUGCUUCCUCUUUGCACAAAAAAAAAGGCAAAGAAAACUUUUAAGGGGCGAAAAAGGCAAACGUGAAUAAUUUAAAACGAGUAAGCUAAGCGAGAGGCAACUGGGCCAUAAAACGUUGUUGUUGUUUUUUUCAGAGGAGAAAGGGAUGCAGGUGAAGAGGGCGAAGGUAAAGGUGAAGAAAAAAAGGCUUAGAGAAAAAGUUUUUGUUCUGUUUGUAUCCAAUCAGCCUUUGUCAAAAUCAAACCUGCCACUUGCACAAUGUUGCUUUUAACCCCCCCUCUCCAAAAGGAUAUACUAAAGCACAGUAUUAACCAACUCAGCAAUCUUGUAUUAAUUUGGUCUUCAUCACAUCUACUCCACACACACCCAUCCACCUCAACGCACAUCAGUGUCUUUGUGAAAGUCAAAUCAGUACGCUGUGUAGCUGCGUGUGUGAAAUAGUCUCUUUUACUCCUAAAAGUCUAUUUUUGUGACUUGCAUGAUGUUCUUAGGAAUUUGCCAAAGGAAGCUAUUAUACAGUAGCAUGUUUUCACAGUCUGAGUGACCACAGUUGUUAUGCCCUCUUGCCAAACAGAUGACGACUGCUGGUGGUGAGCUGCCCUUUAAUACAGGUGGCUGUUCGUCUUUGGCACUAAGGCAUAUUGGUUUUGUGGCUCCCUAACUUAAGGCUCUUUCAAGUUGAACCCUUAUCUUCCACCGGGGGAGACUAACUUUGCUCCUACUUGUAUUUGUGUUGUUGCACAAAGAUAAUAACAUAGAGGAGGGGGGGAAAAAGGAAAGAGGGGUGAUAAAAAAAGACACUCAUGGUCCUAGGUAUUGAAUGUGCGUUGCCGUUUUCAAAAACCCUAGCGGUUCAGUCUGAGAGAAAGGUGCCAAAACUGAGAGCGAACGUGUGCCCUGGACGAAGGUGGGGCGGCAAAAAUCACAAAUGUUUUGACAAUAUAUUUAGUAAUAGAGCUAUGCAGUUGAAAUGUUAUUUGCUGUAAAUAGUUUCACAACAUUUGUGUUCUUUAGAAGAGACUUUUAAAUGUCCUCGAAAGAUUGCAUGGUACAUUAUAACUACAGUUCAGUACAAACUAUAUAGAGACUAUAUUAGAUAUAUAUUUUGAGGGUAAGAAUAAGAUGUUUUCGAGCAAAAUGAGGGCAGCAGAAGGAGGGUUUGAGAAACAAAGUGACGUUAUACCACUUGCACUUGAUUUAGAAAAGUGUGCCCGGCAAUAAUAUAUAUUUUUUUCUUUUUUAAAAUCUCCUGCUGAUUAUGCUAUUCAUGGCUCAUUAGCAGUCGAGAGGCUAAGCUAAUUCCCUCUCCGAGUCCUAAAGAGUGUGGACUCAUUGAAUCCACACUGCGAACACAGUCUACCCUGAUCAACCUCGUUUCCUGCUCAUUUUCUCAUUUGUGCAUUUUUUCUUUCCUUCCUUUCUUCCAUAUGAAAUACUCCAACAAACACCCCUAGCCUGCCUUGAUUGACAAACACAGCUGCUGUUCAUAAACUUGUCAUACCAACCGAGACGGAGGAGACAGAUACGUUGUAUGCUCUCACCCGUCCUGUUUUCUAUUCAACCCCACCCCGCAUCUCAUCUUUGUUGUUUUCCCAGAGUUGUUUUGAUCUUUAUCACCAGUUGGACCUCUUUCUUUUCAACAACUGCUGCCUUUCUUUGUAGAUCUUUUUUAUUAUGUGCUCGAUAUCCUGUUCAAGGUGUGAGAAAGAAAAAAAAAUCACCAACAACUAUAUUAAAAUUGAGGUCUAUUUGGUUUUCAGUUUUACACGCCAAUGCCGCCUGAUUUUUUUUUUUUUUUUAACAAACAAAAGGAAAAAACUAUCAUACGGUUGGUACUCCAUUCCUUUGUACCUUUCCAAUGUCAUUGUUGGGGAUUAAGAAACAAGAUCUGUGCUUUUUUGUUAGUUUGUUUAGAUAUUGCAAAAAGAAAAAAAAUCUCAUUUAAAAGGUUCCCUUUAUAGAUAUAUUUAUUUUGAAGUUCUAUUUUAUAUAGUAUUUAUUUAGAUGCCAACUUUUGUUUGUGAAGAAAGCUUAUGUUGAAAUGGAAUGUACAUUGACAAUGGAAAUAUAUAUUGUUAAAUAUA